AUGCCCUUGGCCGGAUUGAAUAGAGAUUUCUUGCAUCGAUGCUGUAUUCAGCUGUCGUCUCCCUUGAUGGACGACACCGCUGUGGAGAAUGGCAUAGUGUACGCCCUGCGCUUUGUCAGGCUUCACGCGGCAGCUCAUGCCAGUGAAGUGGCUCGAGCGCUCGUGUGGCGUAUCGUCGACACUGAAGAUGAUGAUGACGGUGGCUGCAGGGAUCGCUCUGGGGCGUGGCGUAUCCUUGAUGCUGUCUUACAAGAAUGUGGCAACUCGGAAAGUGAUCUUUGCCGUACAGUAUUGGCGGAGAAGUUAUCACUCUUCCUACCCUACUUGAUAUCACACCGAUGGUACUCCGCCGUCAUAUCACGUGAUGGCAAUCCCACUGUGUCUGUCAAGCACCUUGCGGACGCCUCGGCGUUUAAAAAGGUAGUUUCCGCAGAUGUUCUUACCGGCACAGAGCGACGAGUGGCAGACGCGCAGCGUGUACAGUCGCUUACGAAGCUGUAUCGCGGCAUAUUGGCUGCCUGGAGAGGUAUCUGGCGCACUGACGUAUAUGAAAGUCUCAGACACAUUGUGCGCAGUGUUGAGCGCGGCGGCAACUACCUUUCUGCGCAAGGGGCGAAGUAUUUGGAAAUACCGAACACUUUCCAGGACAGUCUCUGGCGGCUUCGGCGUCACACUUCACGUCCAGGGAUUACUCUGCAUAUGCUACAUUGUUACGGUUGGAAUUCACAAUCCAAAGAGGCUGAAGCAGGAAACGAUGGAGAUGACAAAAGGAACUCUGUAUGCUCGCCGUCGAUAAUGCUUCCAGAUAGCAUUUCCGCGAUUGACGCGCUGGACUCGGCGAUGCAUCCGACAGUGCGGCAGUGGUUUCGGAAACUGAUUAGCGCCAAAGGUGGCUGCAGGUUGUGCGAUACCUGGCGCCACACUGAGGCACGCUGUCCGUGCGAAAUUCCCUUUAUUAAAACCCCACAUCUGCACGGUGACGGCGGCACUGAGAGGUUACAGCGUCGCGUGGGAAUUUCGACGGAGACCCCUGCUGAGGACAGCCUGCAGGCGCUUUCCUACAUGGCGGCUGUGGACAAGCUUUACCGGCACGGCAUCGCGCUGCCGCUGCGGCCCGCGGUAGUCCUCGACCGUGUGACGCAGCUCAUCAUGGAGGAGAGGCCCUAUGACGACCUGCUCACGGCCUUUGAUCGCGUGCGGGGUGCUAUCACGGGCCCACUCGACCGACACGCGCUUUGGUUGCAUGCAGGUUAUCAACUGAUGCCAUCCAAGACCGUGUUUAGCAAGCCCAGUGACGAUGUCUACAGCCCGGCUUUAGUGAAGGCGGAGCACUUCUUCAAGUCUAACCGUCGAUUCCGUGAGUGGGAUCAGCUUCUGCGGAGCGUUGAGACUCUCGACACGAUGUUUCGCCGUCGUGCGCUCCCGUCUCGGGGGCAACAUAACUUGAAUGAGAUCAAAGAAACUAGCUCCUUCUUCUUUUGCCUGAUUGAUGGCUCACUCCCGGCAGAAUACACCCCCGGGCUGUACGCACGCGUACCAGAGGAGGUUAUUGAGAUGGCACCCCUCAAGGAUAGCAUCUGCCGGAUAUGCUUGGAACCGUUCCAUAGCACGGCCGCAUGCACAUCAGCUGUCAAAGAACCAUGGGAUCUUCAGGUGGCACGCCUGGUCUUGGAGGAGUACGAUCUGGCUUUCAUACGCUUUUCCAGUGAAUCUCAUAAGGUUGGGGACGCCAUUAUUCGGAUCGAUCAGGACGACCGGCAGGCAAAAGAAUUCCGUAAGAAGGAGCUGAUGCUGGCUGUAAGGCUUAUUCACGAGCACAGAGUACCAAUAUGCAAGGAAUGUGGUGCCUGUGUGGGCCACCGCACGUCUGCUUGUGUGACCUUAGCCAAGCGUGUAUUAGCAGAUGAAAAUAUUAAACUUGUUGAUAUGCGUCUCAAUCCAGAAAUAGUGCAGCGUCGUCUGCAUAAUUAUCAAAUGGAACGCAAAGAAAGGGAGUGGCGCCGCCUUAAUGAGGCCUACCAGCUGCUUGGUGCCGGCAGCAACGCCUACCCUUCGAGUUAUUGGGUAGCCAUUAAGGAGCUUGAUGACGCACAAAUUCCUCUGGCCGCCGCACGGUAUAGUACUGACGCGGUGCAAGGCUUCCUCCUCUACAUCAAUUCUGGGGAUCUGUUGGCUCGACUCGCGCCUCUUCGAGAUGAGCUCUUUCCAGACGUGUGCCUCUUCUGUGACUCCUACCACCACAGUAGCGCGGAGUGCAGCCGUGCUGAGGAGGCGGAACGUGGGUUUCUUGAGGAACUGCAUCGAGCCGGAAUUAACCUUUGGCAGUACCUCCAUCGUACUGACUACUAUGACGGGCGCCUGCCCACUGACUACCCCCAGGCCAAGGUCAGCGUGCUGAGCUUAGUACGCCAAUUUUCGGAGGACUACGGCCCAGGGGGUGUUGCGCGCACACGAUUUAUUGAGUACAACGGCCUCGAGGAGCCCUCGCAGGUCGGCGCUGCAGGGACUUACUCACAGUCUUUGACCCGCGGCAGUGGUAAUGGGGGUGUCGCCCUGUCGCCAUAUGGGUGCUCCUUUAGUCAGCUCGUGGAACCGGCAGAAAAGCAAGCGAUACCUGAGGCCGCCAGCCCCACUACGAACGCUGCAUCACCGUUGCACUACGACCUUGUAGAGGGCCUUCAGACUAUCCAGCCUCUGAAUGAAUUCAUUGAUGGAAUUUUACUGGGUGAUAAAGACACGGGAGGUAAGGAGGAUCACAAGCGGCCCAGAAACGGGAUCGUUGAUAUGAAUCAAAACAACGAUGACGACACAGAGCCGCCCUGUCGCCGUUAUUCCCCUGAAAGUGUCGAAGAAAAACACCUCAAAAUGGCUAGCAGUCCUGCUGCCAUUCCCAUGGGAAGUUGA